AUGCCAGCUGCACCAUACUGCUAUGUUCCAGAGGAAUCUCCAUUCCUCGAAGGAUCCCAACUUAAGACAAAGUCCGUCUACUUCGAUGCUGAAGAAGAAGACGGAAGCAUCAACAGUUUUCAAACGUUCUAUUCUUCAUUUUAUGAUGAAGAAACAUCAGAAUCAAGCUCAAUGAGCACAUCUAACCCAUACGAAGAUUCAACAGAAAGCGACGAAAUCGAAUGUGACUACAUUCUUCCAACACCAGAUAUUUUACUCCUCACAUCUCGUUAUAAUCUUCCAGAUCCACAAGAAAAGACAAAACCAAAGUUCUCCUAUACAUUGGCUAACGGAAAAGUCCUUGAACUCGAGAAUCCACUUCCAUCUUGCUUACCAAUUGAAAUCCUUUGCGAAGGAGAAGAAACAGAAGAGCCAGAGGAACCAGCACAGGCAUCAGAUAAUGCUUUAUACGUUACAUCUGCUGUCUGCCCAAUUGCAGGCUACAUUGCAGCUUUGAUUCUCAAAUCAAAGAGACCUCAGUUAGCAAGACGCCUGAAGAACAUCAGUAAUGUUUCAAUGACUGUACUUGGUUCUAUACUACUGAUACUUCUUCUAUAA